UCAACAUCCGUUGAAAUACAAACAGAUCCGGAUAAACAUACGAUGGAACUGGAAGAGCAAUUAGAAAAGCUAAAAACCGAUAGGGACGCGUUAACAAUAAGGCUUAGCAAAGUUGUGGGCGAGAAGCUGAUGAAGGACAACCCUUACAUAACUGAUCUCAGUGACAAGAAUAGACCAACAAAACUAGAAGAGGUGCACACAGAGUUAUACUACAACGAAUGGACGGAUGCAUACGAAGCGCUAACGAAAUCCGGAUACAAAGACACAGAGGCUAUAGCAACUCUGUUCAAAACAUUAAAGGUAUGUUUCGAGUUCUGUCAUUCAAAGGCCGAUCAGCUCUUGGAGUCGACUGUGAAAGUUGCUGCAAACGUCCUUUUUCAAAAAUUCCACGAAGAAAUGAAAGACCAGAAGGUAGAAUCUUGA